AUCUUUAUCAAAGCCGACACAGGGUUAGGCAGCGACUGACUGACUACUGCAGUGACUACUUGACUUACUGUUGACUACCAGUACUUGACCCUCAGCAUGGCCUCCGAUGUCAGAGAUGUCCUGGGCAUACCCUCCUCCUCUCUCGCUGCUGGUCCACCACAAAAGAAGCAAAAACCAAAUGGACCCGCAAAAGGCGUCAGCAGGGAACUCUACAAUCUCCUCGGGGAUAACCUACCACCAACCGUCGCACAGCACAGUGGACAGCCCUUCAAGGAAAAGCCGCGCUUCAAACAAAAAGCAGUGAGUUGGGUGCGUGCGCCUUUCAAAAAUGGUGCGCGUCAAGAUGAUUUGGUGCUGCGACAUUGGAUACGUGGGCCCGUCACUGAUUUGGAGACGCCUGCAGAGCACUACCAUUUCGAGGUCUUCAAUAAACAUCCCGAUGUUGCGCAGUAUAGCAGUGAAGAGUAUGCGACUUUCUUGGAACGGCCAGAUUGGACACGAGAGGAGACGGAUGUUUUGAUGGAUUUGUGCAAGCAGUGGGAUUGUCGCUUUGUUGUGGUCCAUGAUCGCUGGCCCUCCGACUUCAAGCAGCGUUCGCAAGAACAACUCAAAGAUCGCUACUACAGUAUUUGUACGGCAUUGUAUGCUUCCCGCGGUCAAAGUACCGAUGGCUUGCACUACGACCUGGCGCGUGAAGAAGCACGUAAAAAGUACCUCGAGGAACUCUUCAAGCGUACACCAGAUGAGGUCGAAGAGGAGAAUAAGCUGAUUAUCGAGUCUCGGCGCUUGGAAGCAGCAGAAAAACAGCUGGCGUUGCAGAAACAGGAACUCUUGAGGACUCUCGAGACACCACAAUCCACUGGGUCCAUUGCUCAACACAUGUCGUCACAGGGUCUUGCUGCUCUUGCACAAGGUAUGCUCACAGCAGACAAGCAAAAGACCAAGAAGAAGCAACUCGAGCCAGCAAGUGCUUCGGCAAAACAACGCUACCGCAAACUCUCUCCGCGUGAACAACGCGAGCACGGCGUCACUUGGCAUGAGAAGUUAUCGAGCGGCGCAUUUUUACGUUCACAAAAGACAGUGGCACUCAAGCAAACCGUUGCUACAAAAGUCUUGACGGUGAUGCAAGAAUUGGUACGACGCUUUGAUUUGCUGCAGAGUAAAAUUGCGACGUUGUUGGAGGCGAAGCGUGUUGUGGACAAAGCAGAGCAAGUCAGCGAUUCACCUGCUGCUGUCAUAUCGUAGACUUGCUAUAUGUUAUAUGUACGUUGUGUAUGUCUAAAACUUUCCGCGCAAUGCUUGUCGACCCAUGUGCAGGG